UGGACCAUGGGUUAGUCGAUCUCGCUUCGCUGAUUUGGGGAUUUGGGCCAUGGUGCUGAGUUGUCGGCAGUGAAGAUCUGUUUGCCCCUUGCUUGAUCGGCGGUGAAGGUGGCGAUGUCUCGGCUGUUUGAGGGCCAAGAUCGGGUUUCUUUACCCCUCGCCCUCGGAUUGGGGAUUAGGUUUUGAUCUCAGAAUAUGAAGCUAUCAGCGAUGAUCACCAGAAUACCAGAUCAUCGCUGAUGAUCUGGUGAUCAGUUUGCAAGGCUGGACUUGUGCUGUUUUGCCGACAGUGAUCUAGUAAUCAGCCUGUAAAUUCAAGGUCUGACUUGUGCUGUUCUGUCAACAAGUGCGAGCUAAUUGCGGUGGACAUGCCUUAUGCUUGUGCUGGGCUAUUCCUGUUCGGCUGUUCCUGUUUGAUGAGUCUCUGUGGAUCUAUUUGUGAGGGUGGUGGAUAGCAAACGUGUGUGACUAGUUUCAUUAGAUCAAAUGAAUAGUGAGCAUCUGCGUUAACUUUUGAGAUGUGAUUAGUUUCAUUAGAUCAAAUGAAUAGUGACCAUCUGCGUUAACUCUUGGAGAAAAAAAGAGAGCCUGAAUCAGCUUGGUUUUAACUUGCAGGGUUUGUGUUGGAGGCUAAGGGGUUUACAUGACAUGGCCCUUGAGGCAAAACAAGCAGCUCUAUGUAUCAAGAAAGUUUUGAGGUUGUCUAUUAGAAAGGGCUAUAGAUUUGUUUCUGAACACCCAAUCCUCUUCGGUUUUGGUGUUUUGCUCUAUUUAUUGUAUAGAUCUUCACCAGGGUUCUUUGCGUUCCUACUUUCUUCUUCACCUGUAAUUAUAUGUACUACUAUUCUUCUCGGAGCUCUAUUGAGUUAUGGUGAAAUUAAUCUACCCGAGGCUAGUGAAGAUCACAAGGGCACUCCAGAAAUCUCAGCUUUCAAGGUUGGAAAUUCGUCCAGUGAUAUUCACUUUGAAGCAAAUCAGAGACUUUCAGUGCCUGAAUUUAGGGAGGAUACAUCAAACUUCAAAGAGAGGGGAAUUCAGACAGUUUCCUUCGGAGAGAGGGCUAGUGAGCAUAUUGAUCUGGAUGAUGAUGUCCCUCUUUUGAGGAAAGCUGAUGAAGAAGAUGAGAGAGGUGACCUGCGAAACAUACCUAGAACACUAACACCAUUUCCUUCUAUGGUCAAUCUUCGCCAAGAGUCUGUGAUCAGGGAGGACUUGAUCUUUAAUAAGAAAAGAGAACCAGAAGGUUCAUUUUUCAUACAAGAUAGGGCUGAUGGGCAGACUAGCUUAUUUGAUGUUGCCCAUCUAAGUGUUCUGAAUGACAAAGAUACAUCCUUUGGUUUGUUUUCAUCCAGUGAGAAUGCUCAUAAACAUGUUGACAUGGAAGAAAAUCUGAAUCAGGAUAGAGUUACAGCAGCAGCUAGCAAAGAGCGAGAUGUCUCUGAGAAGAACCAAACUGAAGAGCUUGCUGGAACUAGUAAAUCAGCCUUUUCUAUUUCUAUUCACCAAUGGGAAAAGACUGACAGGCUUAAUGUUGAUACUAGCAAUGCUGUUGAGGACAACUUGCUUGAUUCCUCUCUUGGCUCACCAUGGGCAAGAGUUAGCAGUCAGGAUGGUUCAUCUGGUUUUGACUCUGAUGGGGCUGAGAGUUCUUCUCCGGAUGCUUCUAUGACUGACAUUGCUCCAGUUCUUGAUGAGAUUGACCCACUUUUGGGUGCUGAUUCUGCUCGUCCUGAUCCCAUUCCCAAGGAUGAUUCUGACACUGAUUCUCAUGCCUCAGAGGAUCAUCAAAUUGAUGAUGAUAGUAACGAUGAGGGUGGUGACAAUGAUGCUAAAGAUAAUGUGGAGGGGAAGAAGGAUGAUGGGAGAGAAGCUGCAUUUCUUUGGACAGCUGAUGAUGAAAAGAAUCUGAUGGAUCUUGGGUAUUCUGAGAUGGAAAGGAACCGCAGGUUGGAAAUUUUGAUGGCUAGGCGGAGAUCAAGGAAGAGCAUAAGAUUUGAAAUCGACAAUAACCUGAUUGAUGUCGACAGUAAUGGUGGUAGGAGUUUAGAUGAUUUGUCACGCUUCCGUGCACAAGUACCUCCUAUUGCAGUGCCAAGAAGGAACCCUUUUGAUCUUCCUUAUGAUUCUGAAGAAGCAGCAAUUCCUGGCUCAGCUCCCUCAAUUCUGCAUGCACGGAAAAACCCAUUUGAUCUUCCCCUUGAACAGCCUCAGGACAGUGGUGUCCCUGUGCAUGAUAAUUUAAAUGCUGGAGAAUCUGGGACGUCACCUCGUCGUGACAUGAUCUUCAGAAGGCACGAAAGCUUCAACUUUGGAAGGACGGAUGCAAUCCAGGAGAGGUGUUUUUCUAGACUCAGGCCAUAUUUUGUCCCUGAAACUGUGGAAUGGAAUGCGAGCAAUUUCCAAAGACAGUUCAGCGAUAAGAGUGAGUCUAAAUUGAGCUCUGUAACUGAAUCUGAUGUGGCUUCUUCAGUUGCUGAUCAGGAGGAUCACAAGGACCAUGAUGAAAAGGAUUUACACAUGGAACACGAGUCACCUGCUCUUGUGAGACAGGAUAGUGACCUUGCGGAUGUUGGAAGUGACUGCUCAGAUGGAAUCAACUCCAUAGAUGUUGAACUAGACAACAGUGACAUCGAUGACCGUGAGAUUGCUUUACAUCAUUUUGUCUUUGAAAGAUCGCAAGAAAGGGAAGCACAUCUUGCCUCAACGAAAGGAAAGGGUCAUGAAGAAGAUUAUUCCAAGAUGCCAUUUCAUCCAGUUCCUGACUUGCUUAGCUGGGAAGAUGGAGAUGGUGACAGCAUCCUUGGUGCUAAACCUUCUUUCCAACUUAACACAGAAGAGAAAUGCUCAGAAUGGAUUUCAUCCUCCAGGCCAACUGUGGAGGGUGAAUCACAUUCCAGGGACCUUCCGAAGUACCUUGACACUGAUGUGGCAUCAAGCUCAAAUACAGUUGUACUUGGUGCAAGCAAUACAGCUGAGAAAGAUGGAAAUGUUGAUCUCAUGUCCUAUUCAAACAAUGAAAUGCCAUUGGAUAACCUGAUUCAUGGGUCUGUGGAGCUGCCUUCUGAACUUGUCACAGAAACAUUGCCAGUCAUAUCUAGGGAUCUGCACCCUAUCCCUGAGGAGAGAGUUGUUGAGAACUUCAGCAUGCAAGAAAAGCAUGAAACAGCAAUAUUUACUGAAUCAGAUGCUUCCUUGACUGGCUUGCAUGUAAUUGAAGAACACUUUGAUGUUGGAUUUGACAAAAGUCUGAGCUCUGUUUCCUCAUAUCCUCGAGCUAGUGAUGCCAUCCAGUCUCCAUCAAUUGAACAUGCAGAAGUCUUGAAUCCCUUUGUUCCAUGGCUGCUGAACCAAACAAGGUGGAUAUAGGUGACAUGAACGACGAAACAACUGUAGGAUAUCUACUUGAUUCUGAUGACGAGGCUGGUAAAAUCUAUCCCGAGCCUAUGGAAGAAAGUGGAAUUGAUGAAAGUUUCCUGUCUGAAUUGGACACAGUGGGAGACUUUGGAG